AUGGCGUCCAAACAAAGUGAUAAUGUCAGUUUACGGAAACCCUCCAAAGCAAGAUACGAAUUUCGAACAAAUCCCGAAUGGCAGGGGAAAACAAGUUCAGGAUUUUGCAUGGGAUACCUCCAGGCGAAUUUAGCGAUUCUUCAAAGUUCUUUGGCGAAGGAUUUUGAACGUUUUUGCGAGCUCAACAAUGCUCCAUGUCCGCUGUUGUACAGAAGCAAAACUGGCGAACUAUCAGCUGGAUUUCUUGCUCCUGACUCUGAUGUAAGGUACAAUGAAAGCUCCCAACCCUUUUAAAAAAUGGGUUGUAACUUCUAAUUAAGAAAGUUUCCUUUUUGGAAUAAGAACAGAUGAGAAUCGUUUUUAAGCGGUCCACCCCACCACCCAUGUGGGUUAAGAUUGUUGUCGGUUCUCUCCCUUGCGCCGAGAGUAUCAUUUCCAAAUUCCAAUUCGAUCUGGAACGCACAGACGUUUAAACGAGAGUUCGUAAGAACUCCUAAGUGCUGCGUGGGUAUACUGAUUACAAUUACAUUUUCCCCCCCCCCCCGGACAUCUUUCAAUACGCCACUUUACAUUUCCCAUAAUGCACCUUAUUCCCCACUCACCAACACCCAACCCCCCCGCACCCUCUCAAAUUUUGCAUAACCUCUGUUUUUCAUUUCUCCUGGGUCAUACAGCCGUCCCAAGAGAAAUUGAAAACACUGCUUAUGCAAAAUUUUUUGGGGGAAAGAAGGUGCAUUAUGGGAAAGGUGGAAGUGGUGUCUGCCAGUAUAAUACAGCGUGACCAAUUCCAUCCAACCGCAAAUAAUUGUUGUUCUAUAAAAUAAUUAAGUUUUAGUUUUGUUUAAGUGAGAUAUCAGAUUUAAUGCCUUUCUGACAUCCGGGUAUAUUAUGUUCUACAAAAUAUUUGAUGGGUGAUCUGCAAUCAUGAUCAGCGUCAAUAAUACUGUUUUGCAAGGAAGGACUUAGGCAUCUUGGAACAUGGCAGUGGCAGAUCCAGACCUUCAGGUAAGGGGGUCGAAAACUAAGGGUGGGGCCGGGCCCCUCCCCUGGAUCCGCUACUGCAUUGUGUCCCUUUCAAAAGUAAAUCUAAUUCUGUAUGGUGCUUAAUUCCUAUAAAUGUGGCUAUCAAGUUCAGUGGAAAUGCACGCGAUAAAAUGAACGAUAAAUAAUAAAUUAGCUAAUCUAGUUAUAUGUGGUUAAAAAGAGAAGAUGUUGUUACCUUGAGUUCUUCCGAGUUUCUCUAGCGCUCUAUACUCACUGGGCUUUAAUUAGGCCGUGUUUUUAAUAAAAACGGUUUGGAAGCUUUAGGAUUUUUCCAGAAGAGGUUGUUCUGACACGAGGAUCUUGUUCCUCUUCAAGUUCUUCUUCAUCCACAUCAGUCAUGUCCCUUUCUUCAACCCCCCUUGUACGCUCGAGACAUUCUUCGUAGAGCUCUUGGUUUAAAUCGAUAUCAAAAUCCUCGUCUGUGAACUGCACUUUCCAAACGGUUCCAAUCACAAGAUGUUUCUGUACCUGAGCGGUGAACUCGUAAUUGAAUAUUAGACAAUCUUCGGGAUAGCUCGGGAUCGCUUGCGUACAGCUGUGUUUUUACUUUAGACGAAGUUCUUUUAAGGUUUUGUGCUCUAAAUUAAAACCCCGUUUUAGACUAUUUUCUGUUUUAUUUUAAAGAAAAGGUUUUCCAUAUGGAUUGCUGCAAGCGGAAAAUAUAAGUGCUCGCUGCUCGCGAGUUGUACUCUCUAAACUGCUCGCUGCUCGAAAGCAAAUUUUUUAUCUCUGCUCGUGCUCGCAAAAAAAUCGCACUUGCGGGGGCGAACGCACCGCCACAAAGUUAAUAUCCAAAUAACCUGCUGGAGAGACUGCAAAGUGUAGAAAAUAAAAUUAUUGCAUCGCUAAAAACACAACCCAUGUUUUUUGGAGCUUUCCAAACGGAAUAGCGCGAACCAUUUGAUUUUCCAACCUAAAUUCCCGGUUUUUUCCAUAUAAAUGGCAAUUAAGUAACCCUCGUUUUUUACUGUUUAGCAAACAUUGUCAGUCUCUUGGUCCUUUAUUAUAUCCAGAUUGCACUGUAUUGAAUUCUGUGGCAGCUUAGCGGAGCAUUAGUGAUUGCAAUACUAAUUAACUUUUGAAAAUUAGCCACUAAUUGAGAGAGCACUGUGUAAAUAUCGCUGAACGAACAACGGUAUAACGUCAGUGGAGGUUGUGUUCACCACAAAUUGUCUUGUUUAGUCUAUCACUCAAAAUAGUUUACCUGACAAGGAGAACAAACAUUGUAUACGCCAAAUUUUCAACCAUGAUACACAACAGAUUAUCAAGGCACCUGACUACUUAAAAUGUCCUGUUUGAAUUUUAAAUAAGAGGAAUUGUGUGGUAUAAAAUGAUAAAACUUGGAGAAAUUUUAUCGAGCAUUUCUCGUACCCUGGGUGUAGUUGCUUGAUCAUGGCCAUGGUUUGUCAAAACUUAGCUUCAUUAAUUUUUUAGUUAAGUGUCACUUAGCAGUUAUGCAAACUUUUUGUAGAAAAUUCGGAUCAAUCGAGGUUUCUGGGUAACUGACCACCUACCCCAUCCCUAGGUCAACAUAAACACAUACUUCUCACUUAGGGCAAAAUUGUGUCUUAGGGGAGGGGUGGGUGCAAAAUUCGAAAUUUGAACAUUUGCUAAAGGCAGCUGUAACUUGUGAUACGUAACGACCACUCAGAACAUCAUUUUCAUUGGCCAAAAACAGACGAAAGAUUUAUAAGGCCACGUCCACAUGAAACCAGAUAGUUUUAAAUCCGCACAUUUUUUACACGAAUCGGUCUUCCAUUCACACGCAACCAGUCAAUCCGCUCACCGAAACCGCAUCUUUUUUAAACUGAUCUCCUGAGGGGCUUAAGGUCCCCUUCACACGAAUGCGGGUAACAAGAUAUGCAGUUUCAAAAAUGUGUUUAUUCUUGUAGACGGGUCUAUAUUGCCCUUGAUGUUUGUUCAGUUAUCAUGUAUGCAGGUGAUAAUUAA